AUGGCUUCUUCAUUGGCUCUUCUUCUUCUUCUUCUCCUCGCCUCUUCUUCAAUGGCUUCAGCCGCCAUUGUUGAACACUCUUUCACCGUGGAAGACAUGACCGUUCGACGGCUCUGUCGUGACCAGGUGAUAACGGCGGUCAACGGUGAAUAUCCCGGUCCAACCAUUCAUGUUCAAGACGACGACGUUCUAAUCGUCCACGUUUCCAACAACUCCCCCUACGAUUUAACCAUUCACUGGCAUGGAGUAUUCCAGCUGCUAAGCGCGUGGGCCGACGGUCCGGAAAAUGUAACCCAAUGUCCGAUACGGCCAGGUGGAAACUACACGUACAGAUUCAAUAUCAAAGGACAAGAAGGAACUUUAUGGUGGCAUGCCCACUCGUCUUGGCUACGCGCCACCGUCCACGGCGCUCUUCUCAUCCGCCCCAAGUCCGGCCUACCGCUGCCGUACCAAAAGCCCUACAAAAAGGUUCCAAUAUUGUUGGGUGAGUGGUGGAAUGCCAACGUUGUCCACGUUGAAGAGGAAGGCCUCGCCGCCGGCCGCGGUCCUAAUGGCUCCGACGCCUACACCAUUAAUGGACUCCCCGGAAACCUCUACCCUUGCCCCCAAAACCAAACUUACCAACUCAAAAUGGCGCGUGGGAAGACUUCCUUGCUUCAAGUAGUCAACGCUGCACUCAAUAAUCAACUCUUUUUCAAGUUGGCCAAUCACAAUUUGACAGUUGUCGCCGUCGACGCCACCUACACCGUCCCUUACGUCACUGACGUAAUCGUCCUCGCUCCCGGCCAAACUACCGACGUCCUCGUCAACGCUGACCAGCCCCUAGGCUCGUACUACAUGGCGGCGCGUCCCUACGCUGAUACACGACCGCAAAUAGCCUUUCCAAACACUAUCACACGCGCCAUCGUUAUCUACGACGGUGCCCCAACGAAUUCCACUCCAAUCAUGCCACUCCUACCAGCCUUCAACGACACCCCCACAGCUCACAAAUUCUACACCAACCUCACCGCCCUCGUCGGUGCCCGCCACUGGGACCCAGCCCCCCGCCACGUGGACCAUCACAUGUUCGUCACGUUUCGUCUGAACCUAGCUCCGUGUGGGACACCCAAUGGCUGCGGCGGACCGAAUGGGCAGCGGCUGUCGGCGAGUAACAACGUGUCGUUCGUGAUCCCAAACGACGCCGGAUUGUCUAUGUUGGAGGCAUUUUUUCACAAGGUGGAAGGUGUUUAUACCGGAGAUUUCCCCGACCUGCCGCCGGUGGAAUUUGAUUACACGAAUUCGAGUAUAAGAUUGGAUAAUUCGUUGAUUUUCGCGGCGAAGGCCACGUCGGUGAAGAAAUUGAAAUUCAAUUCGACGGUGGAGAUUGUUCUGCAGAACACGGCGUUCAUCGCGAAGGAGAAUCACCCACUGCACCUCCAUGGAUUCAACUUCCAUGUUUUGGCGCAAGGCUUCGGGAAUUACGACCCGAUCCAUGACCCGGAAAAGUUCAAUUUUCUCAACCCUCAGAUCCGUAACACCAUUGCCGUCCCCAUCGGCGGCUGGCCUGUCAUCCGAUUCCAAGCCAACAAUCCAGGUGUAUGGUUGAUGCACUGCCACCUGGACGUUCACUUACCGUGGGGAUUAGCCAUGGGUUUUGAAGUCGCAAAUGGACCAACUCCGUCGACGAGGCUGCCUCCACCGCCGCAUGAUCUCCCCAAAUGCUUGGAAAAUCGUCUACAUUAAAUUUCUCGAA